CGGCGCGACGACCUCGAGGCGCGUGCGUCGGAGCAGUACCCGCUCGCGUCUGGCGGGUCGGACAACUUCUGGCGCGGCGUCUCGUCGUACUACCUCCACGCCCUGUACGACUCGGACCGGCGAGACGUCCUCGACGCGAUCCAGGGCGCCGGCUUCAAGGUCGUGCGCAUCUUUGUCGCCUCGGUCGGCGCCAACAACAAGGGCAGCAGCAACCGCGCCGUCAACGAUGUCGAGCCGAGCGCUGUCGGAGCGUACGACGACACGGUUCUCGAGCUGAUCGACCAGCUCAUGGUCGACUGCAAGGCGCGAGGCCUUAAGCUCAUGAUCGCCCUGUCGGACCGUUACGCCCUCGGCUUCUGGUCGACCGACUCGUACGCGACGCAGCUCAACAUCGUCGCCGCCGGCUCGAGCGGCGUGCAGAAGGUCGCCAAUGCCGGCUCGUUCUACACCAACGCGUGGGCGAUCAACAUGUUCGAGGACCGCCUGUCGCACAUCAUGAACCACCAGAACGCGCUCAUGGGCGGGCAGAAGUGGGCCGACCUCGACGAGGUCAUCUACGCCGUCGAGCCGCAGAACGAGCCCCAGGGCCACAUGCAGAUGGCCUCGUCGACCUGGUCCUGUGACCGCGCCCGGUACCUCAAGUCGCUCAUCACGUCCAACAUCAAGGUCUCGAGCGGCGGCGGCAUCACCACGUCGUCGUCGCUCGGCUCGUGGGCGACGGGCUGCUCGGCGUUCGACAUCAUCUCGGUCCACGACUACGGUACGUCGGCGGCGGCGACCGCCGGCGCCCUCGCGGCGGCCAAGGCUGCACACCCGGGCAAGGAGGUCAUUAUGGGCGAGUGGGGCAUGGCCGGCGCCAACAAGGCGACCGUCAUCUCGCAGUUCGUCAACGCGUUCAACGCGCAGGGCAUCUCGAACAUGUUCUGGCAGAUCACCAAGCCGGGCGCAGGGGCCGCCGACUUUGAGGUCUGGACCGGCGAGGGCGCGUGGAAGGCCCUGACGGGCCAGGCGUUCAGCAACGACGCGGCGCCCGUCGUCUCGGCCUCAAAGGCGGUCGCGUCGUCGUCCAAGGCCGCCGCCUCCUUCUCGUCCAAGGCGGUCGCGUCAUUCUCCAAGGUCGCCGACUCGUCCAAGGAGGCCGCCGCUCGCGAGGCGACGUCGACCAAGGCGCAGUGGGCGUCGGCGACGUCGGCGUUCAGCUCGUACGUCGCCAAGGCGUCGUCGUACGCCGGCGAGGGCAAGUCGCGCGUCGCGUCGGCCUACUCGGCCGCGGCGAGCAAGGUCGAGUCGGCCGCCGCCGAGGCGACGAGCGCGGCUGCGGCCGCCAACACGUGGUCGGGCGGCGCUGCUGGCCAGCGCCAGGCCAUCGUCAGCUCGCUCAAGGGCGGCGACGCUUGAGCCGUCUCGCUCUUUUCCCUCUCCUUCUCUUUCUCGUCACCCUGUCUGUAUCACGAGUCUCUCGGCGUCGUCCCCCCUCCUGUAUCCUCGCUCUUUCUGCAUCGGCUCGCUCUUUCACGCCGCCAGCUUGUCCUCCUCCCCUUGUCACGCCUCGUUUGCAUUGUCAUGGCCUCGGCCUUCUCGCACUC